GGAGAGGCCCAUCAUAUUCAUCGCUGCCACUUUUCACUUGUGUAGUAUCAGAAACAAGUUCAAUCGGAGAAGCACUAAGCUCAACGUGGCCGUGAAAAGCAAAAUCUCACCGGAAAGCGCUGCCGGAGUUGAUCUUCGACCGCCACAAACUGAGAAAUUCGUCUAGAGAAGAUAAAUAGGGUUAUGGCAGGAAAAGCUGCUAGUUCAGCGGCAAAGGCGGUAGCUGCAGAGUAUCAAUAUCCAUGGCGUGAGAAGUUAGCGAAAUACAAGGAUGAAUUUGCCAAGGGAGUAUGGGGGUAUUGGGAGCUAGGGGCAUGGAAGCCUCUUAGUAUUAGUGCUCGGCAUAGGGCAAGAAUUCGUAAAGAAGUUCUUCUUGCUGGGGAAGAUUGGACUUUUGAUCCUGAAAGGAAGGAGAUGAAGACGAAGCGAAAAGGACAUAAGGUUGAUAGGAUAGCUGCGGAGAAGAGGGCAAACACUGCUAGGUUGAUGGAGAAGAUGCCGGAUAUGCUGCUUGCUUACAAGAAGAAAAAGUGGGCGAAGAAGAUGAAGGAAGAAGAGAAAGGCAAAUUUUGAUUUUGCUCCUUCGGUAUGCCUUUCUUUGUACUUCAAAUCUUUGUUUAGUUUGGAAGGAUUUAUGACUCACUGUGUGCUUAGAAAUUUAUUUGCUCGUGCAAUGUUACACCUGCUUUUUUGGUUUUAUUGUAAGGAGUUUUUAGGCUUCAUGGAUGAUUUAUAUUUUGUUGUAUUUCAAUCUAUCCAUAAUAACCCCUUACAAGAGUUUAUCCUUGCUUCUAUCACAGGGGAAAAUGCAUACUCCUUGAAAGUUAUUGUUUAUCAGUUCUUCUUUUAA